AUGGCGCUGGCACCAAAAUUCGCAGGCCAAAAGUUUUCGGCCGCAGCCACUCCGACCCUACACACUCUCGAGCUGUACCUCGAUUAUGUCUGUCCCUUUUCGGCCAAGAUGUUUGACACGAUUUAUACUUCUGUCAUACCAUUGAUCAAGCAGAAGUAUCCCAGCAAGGUUCAAAUAUUAUUCAGGCAACAGGCUCUUUUCGACGACGCUAAAUCUUAUUACGAUGUAAACCUCGUCAACGAGACCCGAAACCAAACAUACGAGCGUCUCUCAAAACUAGGAGCUACGGUCGGCCUCGACGAGAAGGAGAUGCUGAAACUACUAUGGAUCAACGAUAAACCAGCUGAAGACGGCAGUCUCAACACUGGCAAUGCGGUUACGAACGACUUGAAGGUUUUGGUAAAGAUGAAUAGGCUGGUCGGUGUUCAUGUCACGCCGACGGUUCUCUUUGACGGGGUUGUAGAAAAUAGCAUCAGUUCCAGCUUUACUGGUGACCAGUGGGCGGAAUGGUUGGAAAAGAAUGUUGCGUGA